UGUGAUCAGGAGUUGUUGAGGGGCAAAUUUAUUUCAAACCAAAAAAAAAUAAACUAUUAUUUGCCAACAAUUCCUUACUAAUGUUGUUAUAAACUAUUCCUGUUUUAUUGUAAAUAAUCUUUUUCAAUUUUUUAAAAAUGAUGAGCGAUGACGAUCGCGACAUCGAUAUCGAAAGUGAUGCUGAAAACGACUCUGAUUCUCGUCAAAAUCCACGCAAUGGAUUAAGUGGCUAUUAUUCUCAGGCGGAAAAAAGGGCUCAUCAUAAUGCUUUGGAGCGUAAAAGAAGAGAUCAUAUAAAAGACAGUUUUACAUCAUUAAGAGAUUCCGUACCUGCAUUGCAAGGAGAGAAAGUAAUGUUACAGGCAAGUCGCGCACAAAUAUUAAAGAAGGCAGCAGAAUAUAUCCAGUUCAUGAGAAGAAAAAACAAUUCACAUCAACAAGAUAUUGAUGACCUCAAAAGGCAAAAUAAUAUAUUAGAAACACAGAUCAGAGCGUUGGAAAAGGCUCGAGCGACCGGAAACUACAUGGAGGCUCACGAGCUCGGUCUCGGCAUCAAGUCCGAGGACAGCUCCCACGACACCGACAGCUCGGACGGCGAGGGCACCACGCGACGCGUCAAGAAGCUCAAGAUUAACGGGGUCAACGUCUGAACCGCCCCGUUGCGCUCGGCGGUCGCGGCUUCACGGAAACAGUGAAGUCGAGGUGGCGGCAAAUGUCACUUAGUUAAGUCUUGUUAGGAAACGAACAUUCUGCGAAAUGUGGAGCUACUUUUGCUGAACCGGGAUCGGGCGUCUGUGAGGAGGUCGAGUGCGACGGUUAUAUUUUUAUAAGUUUUUGUUAAAUCAUGUCUAGGAAAACGUUAUCCAGCAGUGUGACGCCGAUGCGGUCCCGGAACGAGAGUUCUUAGAGUUCUAGUACUUUUUAAAUUAUGUGUAAAUAUUGUUCAGUCUGAGGCGUCGCUGAGAAUAAAUACUUUUCCCACUUUCAUCGUAUCAUAUAUACAUUUAUACAUAUACAUAUAUAUCUAUACCGUUCGAGAGAUGUCAGAGUGGAAACUGUCCUUAUUCGAGAUUAAAGUGAGACAACAU